AUGAUAACUGGAGGGAAAAUCAUACAACAUACAAGUACACUUUUAAAAUGUUUUUGUUUAUUACAUCAAGUUCAUGUCCAUCUAUAUGAAUUCACACAGACUCGUGGAGAAUCAAUGCUGCCGACACUAGCACCACAGAAUGAUUUUGUUCAUGUUUUGAAACAUCGUAAAUUAGUACAUACAGUGGGUCUCCCUCGGGGUUUACAGAUUGGGGAUUGUGUGGUAUUAAUGAAACCCCAUGAUUCAUCACAGAGAGUCUGUAAAAGGAUAACGGGUCUACCAGGUGAUCUAAUACAAGUAGAUCCAAGUUAUGAUAAUGAUUUUGAAAACUGUUUCAUUAGAGUACCGCGUGGUCAUGUUUGGGUCACCGGUGAUAAUUUAUCAUAUUCUUUAGAUUCAAGAAGUUAUAGCGUAGUUCCCUUGGGACUCGUUGUGGGGAAAGUAGUUGCAGCUAAUGAUUUCAAUAAGCCGUUGUAUGAUAAUGGUAAUUUUUUUGGCUAUAGACGUAUUAUAAAUAAUUAUAUUAAUGUAUAA